AUGGCGUACCAGAUGGGAGAGCCCGUCGUAUGCGCCGUCUACCCGACGUGCGUGUUCCUCUGCUGGGACCCUCCGCGCCCCGCAGCCGCGGCGGCAGAGGUGGACCGCACACUCUCGUGGACGUACGAGGUGGAGUGGAGAACAAGCCACAGCCCAAGCAAGGAACACUCCGCAGGAACAACGACGUAUUGCCACGCCGUGCUGGAAGUAGUUUACCCGAACGAAGCCAUCAAUGUCCGCAUUGUCGCCCGCGCCACUGUUUCCGCCGACGUUGCCGCGUACAGUUCCACCAAUUGUACAAUGAACGCCGGUGUGACGACUGCAAUGCCCUGGCUGCAUACACAAUCAAUGGAAUGCCGUUGCAUACUUGAUGGUCUUCUUUUCUCCACAAAUGGGGCGCAGUGCAUCGAGGCGAUUCCUGAUGGAUCGGAUCACGUCAAGGCGACCAUAGCGUCCGUGUGUAUGCUUGAGUCUAGUUUUGCCUGCAUUAUCGUGAAGGCGGUUUAUGACGACCCGCCCCUGCCGAUCCCCACCUCAGCGGUGUACUACUUCGUUGUGUGUUCCAAGACCCUUGUGAGGCAGCGGGAGAGGCUGCGCCACUCAGGCAUUCAAGAGAUGCUGGAGAAGGAAGAGGCGUCCGCGGUGUUCUGCGGCAUUGGUGAGAUGGGCUCCUCCGCCACAUUGGCGGCGCAUAUAUUCAUAUCAUCUGUUCCCGAGUCACUUGCCGGGCAGCGGGCGCGUGUCUUUUGUAUUGCGUACGGGUCGCCUAGACGCAUGUUUUUUGAGGACUCCCUGGUUCUUGCCUCCACCCUGGCGUUCAGCGGCCACUUUUUGCACUACACCGGCCUCCUGGAGCCUCCUGACCCCGCAAACGGCUACAACAACGUACCGUCCCCGCGGCAGGAGGUCAAGGGGAAGACGGCCGCAACUGAGACGGCCCUGCACUUCAAUGCACCUCUUGGCGUGCGCUGUGGGCCUCGUCUGGAUCUGCAAGAGGGGCGCUACUACUUGCGCACGCGCUGCUCUGGUUUGGAGACGCUUUGCGAGGAUGAGUGCCACGAGCACAUUGAUGUCUCGCAGCAACUCCGCAUUUUGAGUCGCUUGCUUCUUGCGGGGGGCGAGGCGGCACUGCUGCCCGCGAUCAAGGCGGUGGCGCACACGGUGGAGGACGGCGUCAUGGUGUGUCUCCACAUCACGGGCGCCAACCUGCAGUACCGGCCACAACUCUGCGCGUCUUCGCACGGUGGCUGGCCCACGCAGGUCUCUGUGACACGUGUGGGCCCGCGACAAAUAGGCGCCACGUUCUCUUUGGUGGGGAUGCUAAGCAUGGAGUCGUCUAGGCGACUAAAGCCGCUGCGGCGACUGCGAGUCGACUUUGCGCUCCUCACAGACAUUGGGUGCACCUCGUACGUGAAUUACACUAUCGAUGUUCCGGCGGAUGUCGCCGAGUUGAUCUUUCUUGAAGAUCGAAGCAAAAUCCCUCACGCGUGGAUUUUUUCGCAUCCGACGAAUCUCAUUGAUAACGCCAUCGUUAUUGAACCGCUUCUCACAACCCCAACGUUGAAGGAGCCACGCAAGUUUGAGUUGCCGCGGCAAACCUCCACCGAGCUACUCGAGGCCCUUGCCAGCAUCGGCGAGGUGGCGAGCUACUACGCAGUGAAGAAGCAAAGUGCCGGUUUGUUAGGUUUUGUGGCCAAUGUGGCGGCGAAGGUGUCGAGCUCCAGCAUGGUGUCGCAGGCAAUGACUCCAAUGGCCAUUGAGGCCCCACCCACGAGUGAGCGAGUCCUUGAGAGAAAACUGGGGGAGUACGUCCACAGCAAAAAGCGGGCGGUGUCCAGUUUGCUCUCUGGCCUGGCGACGUGGAAGCAGCGACUGCACCAGGGUCUUCCCUGGAUGAGUGACACAAAGUACCGGGAUAAGUUACGCUAUCUCUGGAGCGUGCUUGAAAAGGCGCCCCCUGCGCCGGGUGCUUCCCUUGUUUUAUUGGAGAUUUCGCUCUUCACACAUGUCCUGCGCUUCCUUCGGAGCACGUGUGGGAUGGCCAACCUAAAUCACCUCAUCAGCCUUCACCACUACAUGAGCUUUGAAAAGUUUUAUCACUUUGUGCAUCCCCUGUUUCUUGCCUCCGCCCCAACGCUGGAGAAUGCCGCUCUCGUGAUUGUACUGGAGUCCGCCGCGUUGUGGGCGGUCUGUCUGAUAUUUCACCUUCGCUGCUCAUAUCUGUUUAGGCAUCUCGUGGCUGUAACUGGGUGCACGGGGUGUGGCUGCACAACCAUGUGCAACGCCCUCACACGGCUAUGCGUGGAGCAGGACUACGGCUUCCGCAGCAGCCAGCGUGUGCGAAAUAUAUUGAUUUGUCGCGCGGUGGAAGACGAGCUGGACGAUUUGAAGGAAGUUCUUCAGCUUGGCGUAAGCGCCACGGUUGUCGUGGUCGGCGAGUUUGCAGACAUCAAAGGCAUGGCGUAUAAAGCGAUAUGGGGCUCACUCCGUCGCUCGGUGCGUAAUGCCGAAAGCCAGCGAAUUUACGCCUUCCUCUCAAAGGUUGAUGAACUGGUGGGCUUGUGCAGCGGCGGUGGCAGCAGCGGCAGCAGCAGCGGUGAGUUUGAAAAGGAUGGCGAUCUGGUGGAAGUGCUACGCGACACUGCAGUGGCGUCGGUGUCGGCAGGAGCAGCGGCGGGGGAUGUGCCGAGGCACCUUGUUGCCGUCUCCUUUGCGCCAUCCGUGACGUUUCUCAGUUCCUCGCGUUUCGUUCAGCUAAGUGGCAUCUCUGCUGAGGAGUUUGCGGAGAGGCUUCUGACCGUCUCCUUGGGGGAACUCCGGAGGAUUCUCUCGCGUAUUCGAAGCCGUAGCCGCCAUUGA